GAGGGUCCAGGCACGAAAGGUAAAAAGGGAACAAUGUGAACACGUGAAGGAAGCCAGAGCACCACGCACAGCGUCAGUCUGCAUCCUGACAGGGGGAGAUAAGGUGGCUGGGGAGCCAGCGGUGCUUUCCUGGAACACAACCUCCGCUUGACACUCUCUGCUUAAGCACUGCCCAUCUGUAUGUUAUUGAGCCGGAGCCUCUGGGGAAAAGAGGAGCCACAGGCACAGAGAGUGAACGAGGGAGGGAGGCAGCAAAAGCGCUUUUCUUCCCUACUUUGCUUUUUUUUUUUUUUUCACCCUUUUAAAUAAGGAUCUGGUUAGACUGCCUUGAAGUGCCACAUCUGGAAACUGAACGCUGAAAGAAAGUUAAAAUAACUGAGGCACCACUAAGCCAAGGGGGGCUGAUUGCAGAAGAGGGUAAACAAUUACUAAGACGCUAGAAGACCACUGCUGGAUGUAAGGGGAGGAAAUGGCUUUGAUCUCCGCCUGGCCCCUGGUUUUUCCUAUAUUAUUCUUUUCGAGAUGCUUCUCCUCCAGCACAGCCUCAAGCGCGGGAGGCGUCUUUCUGUUUGACAUUGAAGGUAGCUCAGCGGUCAGCAUGCAAGAAGCUACUGUUAUCAGAGGGCAGCAGCAGGCAGUAGCUACUGGAAGUUGGGUGCCUUUUGCUGAGGGAUGCCAGGAAGGAUUUUACCGUACCAGCUCAGGAAAAUGCUCUCCUUGCAACUGUAAUGGUAAUGCAAACAGAUGCCUUGAUGGAUCUGGAAUCUGUGUGGACUGCCAGAGAAAUACAACAGGGGAACACUGUGAGCAAUGUCCAGACGGCUUUGUUGGAGACGUUGUUGGAGGAGCACCCACAUUCUGCCAACCUUGCCCCUGCCCCCUGCCAGAAGCUGCCAAUUUUGCAGUCUCCUGUUAUCGAAAAAAUGGAAACGUGCGCUGUGUCUGUAAGGAAAACUAUGCAGGACCCAACUGUGAAAGGUGUGCCCCUGGUUACUACGGGAAUCCUUUGCUAAUUGGAAGCACUUGCAAAAAAUGUGACUGCAGUGGCAACUCAGACCCAAACCUGAUUUUUGAAGACUGCGAUGAAGUGACUGGCCAGUGUCGCAACUGCCUGCACCACACCACGGGCUUCAAGUGCGAGCGAUGUGCUCCAGGUUACUACGGGGAUGCCAUAUUCGCUAAAAAUUGUACAGCGUGUAACUGUGGAGGGAGAAUGUGUGACAGCCAGACUGGAGAAUGCCUCGCAGACAGUCCUGUAGUUUCUACUGGCACAGACUGCCCAACCAUCAGCUGCGAUAAAUGUAUUUGGGAUUUGACAGAUGACAUCCGGUUAGCAGUCCUGGCUAUUGAUGAAAGCAAAUCAACUUUAUUGAGCAUUUCUACAGGUGUUGCAGCACAGAAACGCUUGAAUGACCUGAACAUCACUGCUACCCAUCUCCAGGCAGCAAUGUCCAAAAAAAAGGACCACUCCACACUUUGGACCAUCCAGGUUGAUGAUGCUGCGGACGACAUGAACGAUCUCCUGAGAGAGGCAGAAAACCUGGAUGAUCAGGGAAAUCAAGCUUCCAGCAAGGGCCUACUGGUACAGAAGGAAACCAUGGAGACCAACAACCGUGCUACUCAGCUCGUGCAGAAGCUCAGUAAUAUGAGGGAUAAUAUUCAAGAAAUCAGCAGCAAGAUGAAAUACUAUGCAAUUCAACAAGAGCUGAGCCCUGAAGAAAUUGCCCAGAAGCUGAGUGUGGCUGAGGAGAUGCUGAAGGAGAUCAAACGCCGUAAGCCUUUCACGAAUGAGAGGCAACUUGCAGAUGAGGAGGAACAUGAAGCAGAGAACUUGUUACACCGAGUUGAAGAGUUUCAUGAGAGGUACAAUGACACCAGAUCCCUGGUUUCUGAUGUGGUGGAGCAGCUCAGUGAACACAAUAUGAAGCUGUCAGACCUGGAAGAGGCAUUAGGCCAGGCACUUGACUAUGUUAUACAAACAGAGGCUAUAAAUAAGGAAAACACAGCCAAUCUUCAAGAGCGUGAGAAACAAGAGAAAUUAAAAGAGCAAGUAGAUGAAGUGAACAGUAUUCUGCUAAGUGCCACAGCUAUUCUGGCAGAACCACAAAAGAUCAGCUCAGAGUUAAGUGAGGUAAUAAAGAAUGUAUCAGGGUUCUACGCAGAAAUAGAUGGAGCAAAAAAGGAAUUGCAAGAAAAAAUAGCCAAUCUGUCUCUGUUUGAUGAAGAGCUGGAAGAAAAGGCUAUGCAGCAUGCACAUAACCUAAGAAGACUUGCUGAUGAGUUGGACCGGAAUUUACAUGGCGUUGAUACAAAUGGAUUGGUACAAAGGGCAAUAAAUGCUUCAAAUGUAUAUGAAAAUAUUGCCGGUUAUAUUGAAGAAGCUAAUAAAGCUGCACUGUUGGCACUGAACACAACAAACCGGAUCAAUGAUGCUGCAGUUGGAAUUGAUACUCAGAUCAUUUACCAUAGACGUAAAAGUGAAGAACUUCUCAGCCAAGCCAUGGAGCUACAGCAGACAGCAGCUUACAGUAAUGAUUUAACCAUUGCAGACACCAGCCGUCAUGUUAAUGGCACUACGGCACGAAUGCAUGCUGUGCAAAGCAAACUGAUGAGAGCCAUCACAAAAAUGCAGUCAGCAGAACUAGUGGAGGCCAGACAGCGCUUGGAGCAAGCUAAACAGAAGACUGCAGAGGCCGUUAGCACUACUGUGACAGUAACGCAGGCUACAACCCCCAUGGAUGAGAAUGUGAGGUUGUGGUCUCAGAACCUGCAAGACUUCCAGCACAACUCAGCUGCCUAUGACAGUGCUGUGCACUCAGCUGGGGAUGCAGUGAAGAAACUUACAGAAGUCUUCCCUCAACUCCUGGAUAAAUUGCGCAAAGUAGAACAGAAGACACCAGCAAACAAUAUUUCUUCCAGCAUUCAGCGGAUCAGAGACUUGAUUGCCCAAACCAGGAGUGUAGCAAGCAAGGUCCAAGUGUCUAUGAUGUUUGGAGGCCAAUCAGCUGUUGAAGUCAAUCCAAAGAUCAACGUGGAGGAACUGAAGUCUUUCACUUCCACGAGCUUGUAUAUAAAGCUUCAAAAAGACGACCCACAACUGGCAGCAUCUCCAGACAGAUUCAUUUUGUACCUCGGAAACAAAAAUGUUAAAAGUUACAUGGGACUGGCAAUUAAAAAUGACAACCUUGUCUACGUUUAUAAUCUGGGAGACCAAGAUGUGGAAAUACCUCUGGACUCUAAGCCAGUCAGCACCUGGCCUUCUUACUUCAGCAUCAUCAAAAUUGAGAGGAUUGGAAGACAUGGCAAAAUGUUUUUAACUGUACCCAGUCUUAGCAGCACAUCAGAAGAAAAAUUCAUCAAAACAGGAGAGACUCUUGGUCCUAGCUCUCUCCUGAAUUUGGAACCUGAAAAUACUGUUUUCUACGUCGGUGGAGUGCCUCCAGACUUCAAGCUGCCUCCCAGCUUAGACUUGCCUGGCUUCAUCGGCUGCCUGGAGCUGGCUACCCUGAACGACGAUGUGAUCAGCCUGUACAACUUCAAGCACGCCUACAACAUCGACACCACCACAUCGCCACCUUGUGCCAGAAAUAAGUUGGCUUUCACUCAGAGUCGAGCUGUGAGCUAUUUCUUUGAUGGUUCUGGCUAUGCCGUGGCAAGAAAUAUCGAGAGGAGGGGAAGAUUCAGCCAGGUGACUCGGUUUGACAUUGAAGUUCGAACACCUACGGACAAUGGAUUGAUCCUGCUGAUGGUUAAUGGAAGUAUGUUCUUCAGUCUAGAGAUGCACAAUGGAUUCCUGUACCUCCGCUAUGACUUUGGCUUCAGCACUGGCCCAGUGCUGUUAGAGGACUCCAUGAAGAAGGCUCAGAUUAAUGAUGCCAAAUUUCAUGAGAUUUCUAUUAUAUAUCAUAAUUCUAAGAAGAUGAUCUUGGUAGUAGACAGACGACAUAUAAAAAGUGUUGACAAUGAAAGAACAGCAAUGCCAUUCACAGACAUCUACAUUGGAGGAGCACCUGCUGAGAUCUUACAGUCCAGCAUUAGUUCACAUCUGGCAGGAAUUAUUGGCUUUAAAGGCUGCAUGAAGGGUUUUCAGUUCCAAAAGAAGGAUUUCAACUUGUUGGAAGAACCAGGAACCCUGGGAAUCAGCUAUGGGUGCCCUGAGGAUUCACUGAUGUCUCGCAAAGCAUAUUUCAAUGGAGAGAGCUUCAUUGCUUCAAGCCAAAAAGUGUCCCUCUUAAGUGACUUUGAAGGAGGCUUUAAUUUCCGGACAUUGCAGCCCAAUGGGCUGCUGUUCUACUACUCUGAAGGAUCAGAUGUAUUAUCCAUCUCUAUGGACAGAGGUGCUGUUGUUUUAAAUGCAAGUGGAAUCAAAAUUCAAUCACCAGACAGAAAUUACAACGAUGGAAAAACUCACUUUAUCAUAACUUCUGUCACACCAGAAAGAUAUGAGCUGAGUGUUGAUGACAAGAAACAAAGCAAGAAGAAUCCAGUGAAGGACAGAGCAGGGAAGAGCCCUGACAGCAUCAAGAAGUUCUAUUUUGGUGGCUCUCCCCUCAAAACACAGCAAGCCAACUUCACUGGCUGCAUAAGCAAUGCAUACUUCACUAGAUUGGAUCGGGAGGUUGAAGUGGAAGAUUUCCAGCGGUACUCUGAGAAAGUUCAGACUUCUUUUUAUGGAUGUCCUGUUGAAUCCCCACCAGUUGCCCUCCUCCAUAAGAAAGGAAGAAACUCAUCAAAAGCCAAAGGAAACCGUAAUAAAAAGGUGGGAAGAGAUAAGGACAAGAUCUCACAGCCUUCAACUGGCCUCAAAAAACUGUAUCAAGAAGCGAAUAUGCAAAAAGACCCUCAGUGCCACUUGCCUAUGAAUCCCAGGGCAACUGAACAUGCAUACCAGUUUGGAGGUACAGCAAACAGUCGGCAAGAAUUCAAUCACUUACCAAAGGAUUUCACUGAAAGAGCUCAGUUCUCCAUCAGUCUGAAGACUCACUCGUCUCAUGGAAUGAUUUUCUACGUCUCAGACCAAAAGGAGACCAACUUCAUGGCCCUUUUUGUUGCUCAUGGACGACUCAUUUUUAUGUUUAAUGCUGGUCAUCAGAAGAUAAGGAUUAAGAGCCAAGAGAAAUACAAUGAUGGCCUUUGGCACAAUGUGAUAUUUAUUAGAGGCAAAAAUAUUGGCCGCUUGAUAAUUGAUGGUCUCCGAGUACUAGAAGAACCUUUCAAUGGUAAUGCUAAUACCUGGCAAGUCACUGAACCACUGUAUAUUGGGGGUGUAGCUCCAGGAAAAGCUGUGAAAAAUAUCCAGAUUAAUUCAGUCUACAGUUUUAGUGGCUGUCUCAGCAAUUUACAGCUCAAUGGAAGAUCAAUUACUUCAGCUUCACAAACGUUCAGUGUAACACCUUGCUUUGAAGGCCCAUCAGAAGCAGGAACAUACUUUUCAUCAGAAGGAGGAUAUGUCGUCCUUGACGAAUCCUUCAGUCUAGGUCUGAAAUUUGAAGUUGUUUUUGAAAUACGUCCCCGAAGUAGCUCAGGAAUUUUACUGCAUGGCCACAGUGUGAAUGGAGAGUACCUGAAUAUGCACAUGAGAAAUGGACAGGUUACUGUGAAACUGAAUAAUGGAAUCAGGGAUUUUUCAACUUCAGUGACACUGAAACAGAGUCUCUGCGAUGGCAGGUGGCACCGAAUCUCAGUUAUUAGAGAUGCUAACGUGGUGCAGCUGGAUGUAGACUCCGAAGUCAACCAUGUAGUAGGGCCACUAAACCCAAAGGCAACUGACCACAGGGAGCCAGUGUUUAUUGGAGGUGUACCAGAGUCUCUACUAACAUCCAGCCUGACUACACGCAACUCCUUCAUUGGCUGCAUUCGUAAUUUCAUGAUUGAUGAAAAAACAGUGAGUUUUAGUAAAGCAGCCUUGGUCAGUGGUGCUGUAAGCAUCAAUACGUGUCCAGCAGCCUGAUAGUGCACUGCAUCAAUCCUGCGAAGCAUCUUAGGCCACAAGAAGGAAUUAUAGAGCAAAAGAAACCAUGAUCCAUUCGUCACCAAUGCUGAGGAAAAAAAAAAAGAAGAAAACAUCAAGGAUCCAUUUACAAAAAUCACUUUUAAUAUUUAUGUGCAAAACAAAAAUCACUGAAGAAAGAGGAGCUGUUGCUUCUGCAGUUCUCUUACUAUGCCACAAGAGUGAGCUUUACCAUUUCUUAUAGUAUAUGUGCAGCCAAUCUGCUACAUGAAAAUGUGGAAUUAUAAAAGAAAAUUAUAUUAAAUAUGUUUCUUCCAAAAUAAAUCCUGUACAUCAUUUUGUUCCAUAUCUUGGGUCCCAAUCUGUUUCCCAGGAAAAGAUCUGCUACUGCAUAUUAAAGAAUAAAGCCAAUUAAUAGACUUACAUUGCAAA